GUUCCCGGGAGGCGUGUGGGACUGGCGGCCGACCGCUGCCCCUGCCGCCACCGUCAUGGAGAGUUUGUACCGGGUCCCGUUCUUAGUGCUCGAAUGUCCCAACCUGAAGCUGAAGAAGCCGCCCUGGGUGCACAUGCCGUCGGCCAUGACGGUGUACGCUCUGGUGGUGGUGUCUUACUUCCUCAUCACCGGAGGAAUCAUUUAUGAUGUUAUCGUCGAACCUCCAAGUGUCGGCUCCAUGACUGAUGAACAUGGGCAUCAGAGACCAGUAGCUUUCUUGGCCUACAGAGUAAAUGGACAGUAUAUUAUGGAAGGACUUGCAUCCAGCUUCCUGUUUACAAUGGGAGGUUUAGGUUUCAUAAUCCUGGACCGAUCCAAUGCACCAAACAUUCCCAAGCUCAAUAGAUUUCUCCUUUUAUUCAUUGGAUUCGUCUGUGUCCUAUUGAGUUUUUUCAUGGCUAGAGUAUUCAUGAGAAUGAAACUGCCGGGCUAUCUGAUGGGUUAGAGUGCCUUUUGAGAAGAAAUUGGUGGAUACUGAAUUUGCUCCUGUUAAUGAAGUUUUAAAGGCUGUACAAGUCCUCUGAUAUGAAAUAUGGAAAAGGAUGAAAAGGAGCAGAAAAGAAACAUCUAGUGAAAACAUAGGAAAUGUGUUAUAGCUUGGACUAGAAUGUCUUCUUGGUAUCAGAGACAAGUUUAUCAGUAUUUUUUCCUGCUGGCCUAUACUGACAUACCAACGAUGUUAAGUGGCAUUUUCUUCUUUUUUUUUAUUUCUUAAAGAAAAUAUACUUCAUUUCUACAACUAUAAUAUUGAAUAAAGUAAUUAUUUUUUACAAACCCCUUAACAUUUUUUGGAGAUGACACUUCUGACUUUCAGAAAUUAAUGUAAAAUCAGGAAGUGAGAUCCUAUAAGCUGAGAACUCGGGACAGCUGAUCAGCUUCACCUGUGGUGCUUUGCCUUUAAACAGAGUGUGUGACAGUGCAGCAUUUCAGAUAUGUAUGUAAGACUGUUUCCUGAACAAUGAGAUGUAUGAAAGGAGCAGAAAUAAAUAAUUUUUCUAAUUAA